AUGAGUAUUUCAAGGCCCGUUCAUGCCAGCACCGGCGCAACCGGCUACAUCGGCGGCGACGCCCUGUACGCCCUCGUCCAAAAACACCCCGAAUACAGCUACACACUGCUCGUUCGCUCAGCAGAAAAAGCUAAGCUCGUUCAGGAGCAAUACCCCUCUGCGCGCGUAGUGAUCGGCGAUCUCGACAACUCGAGCCUCCUGGAGAAGGAGAGCGCCGAGGCGGAUAUCGUGCUCCACACGGCAGACGCCUCCGACCACGCGGGCGCAGCCAAGGCCAUCGCAGCCGGGUUGGCCAAGGGCCACUCCAAAGAGAACCCGGGGUACUGGCUGCACACCGGCGGGACGGGAAUCCUGACGUACGCCGACACCGACAAGAAUGUCUUCGGGGAGCACAGCGACAAAGUCUACGAUGACUGGGACGGUGUCGACGAGCUGCUCAAUCUCCCUGCCCACGCCUUCCACCGCAACGUGGACGAGAUUGUUCUUGAGACGGGGGCAAAACAGAGUGAGGUGGUGAAGACAGCGCUGGUUUGUCCGCCGACGAUCUACGGAAGGGGAAGGGGCCCCGCAAGCCAACGAGGCCGCCAGGUCUACGAAUUAGCUCGCGUGACGCUGGAGCUGCAGAAGGCGCCCAUCAUCGGCGCGGGCAAGUCCAUCUGGAACAAUAUCCACGUGCACGAUCUGAGCGAUCUGUAUGUCCGGCUGGUCGAAGCGGCGGUCGAGGGCCGUCGGAAAGACGAUCCGGAGCUCUGGGGCGCCCGAGCCUACUAUCUCACGGAAAAUGGUGAGCAUGUGUGGGGGGAGCUAUCGCGGGCGAUAGCCAAGUAUGCGGCCGAGCUGGGGCUCAUCGGUCAGUCUAAGGCUGAGCAGAUCAGUCUCGAGGACGGGAAGAAGUUCGCGGGCUUCGAGUCGCUGAGCUGGGGAUUGAAUUCGCGCGGUAAGGCGAAGAGGGCCGCCAAGGUGUUGGAUUGGACACCCACCCGGCCGAGUCUCGAGGCCACCUUGCCGGAGAUCUUGGAGGAUGAGCAGCGGAGGUUACAGAAGUGAUGAUCUCAGGUGACGUUGCCUAGCAUGGUCUAUAUUCUGGGUAAAUUCCAUACGAUACGUGAGCACGAUCGAUGUAUAGCGCAUUUCCCAUAAGAGGCUACACAGAAAGUCAUACAUAGCACAUACCAACCACAACCGAUGUCU